GUGAUGGUGGUCCUGGGUUCGAUUCCCAGAACAGCCCAUUUUUUAAUUUUUAAACACUUUUUGAAAAAUGGUUUGUGUUUUCCAAUUAAAUAUUUAAGCCAGAAAGCGUCUUUGCUUUGUUGAACAGUCUUCUUACGAGUCGGUAUGGAUAGCUCUUAGCAAAGGUGUUUUCAACGAAAUAUUCCUUAGGGAACGUCGUUCUUGAUGAGCUUAUACUUUACCGGAUUUUGUACCGAUACCGUAACCAUCCUUAAAAAUAAUAGAAUCGCGCUGCAUAUCCCUAUACUGAAAGCUGUACGUCUGUCCUAAAUAAAUGUUUCGCUAUACCAAAAACAACCCAAGUUAAAAAAUGUCAAAACUAAGGUCUACAGCUGGGUCAAAAGAUUCUAUAGUUGAUCCCUUAGAAACAAAUGACAAGGAGACAAAACUACUUGCUUACGUGAAUGAUAACCGACACUUUUCUUUACUAAGAGCCCUUCAUCUUGCUGAUCUAAUUACUCUCUUCAAUGGAUUUUGUGGUGUUAUGAGUAUUUUUUCUAGUUUGCGCUACUGCUUGAGUGGUCAAACUAGCUCCAAGUACCUUGUUCGGGCUAUGUAUUUUAUGCCGUUUGCUCUGUUCUUUGAUUUUCUCGAUGGAAAAGUGGCCCGUUGGCGUGGAAAGUCUUCUUUGAUGGGCCAAGAGCUGGAUAGUCUAGCUGACUUGAUAUCCUUCGGCGUAUGUCCAGCCGUUUUUGCUUUUUGCUGCGGCUUUCAAACCUUCAUUGAUUUAAUGAUUCUUAAUUUCUUCGUCCUUUGUGGUCUUACCCGUUUAGCUCGUUUUAACGUUUCUGUUAAUUCCAUUCCUAAAGAUGAGUCUGGAAAGUCUCAAUUUUUCGAAGGAACCCCAAUUCCCACUACCCUUGCCUUGGUUUCUUUACUUGCUUUUUGUAUGGUCAAAGGAAAGAUUCACGAGGAACUCCCUGGUGGUCUUUGGUUUCCAGACACUCCCUUUGCAAUUCAUCCGAUGGUAUCUCUUUAUGCCUUGAGUGGGAUUGCUAUGACCAGUAAGAAACUUUGUGUACCAAAGUUUUAAAAGCCUCUUCUUAGAUCUCUUCUUGCUUAAUUAUGACUUUCCAUAACCCAUUUAUUCAAUCUGUUCAUUGUACGUUUGCUCAUCCAUAUUGAUUUUUUUGGUUAGCUAGACUUUCAAAAAUAGCUUCAACUCUAUUUAUCUGUUAUCAUGCGUCGACAGUUUUUUUCAGUCUUUAUUAUUAUUUGUUUACCUUUUUUUACUGCUAUUGCUAGGCGAAUUUCCUUCAGUUCUACCCUCUCAUACAUAUUCCCAUUUUAACCUUCGCUUUUUCCUUAAUCCCAAUUCUUUUUUAUGUGGGCAUUACAGUCUGUGCAAUUAAUAGAAAGGUUAUUACGUACUAAAACUAUGGUUACACGCAGAAAUACGAAUGCAGACAUGGGUACCCUCAACGGUAAACACGUUUUUAUUCAUCUCUUCAUGAUUAUGAUUGAUGAUCUCUGUUUCCUUCAUUAAGCAGAAAACCGAAGAAAAAAGAAAUUCAUAAUAUAAUAAAUAAAUACACUAUCCUAUACACAGCCUCUGUUCAACAAUCUCUUGCGGUAGGAACACUAUUUUUGAAAAAGGGCAUAAAGCACUUCCAUAAUAAUGUACCAGAAAACUUUUUCUCGUUACUCUAAUCCGCGUUUGUUGUUUUUCACGACAGCAGCAACAGGAUCUUUGAUACCUUGAUUCUCAGAUCCAAGACCCAAACCUCGGCUCCAACCCAUCAUUUCAAGUAGUUUUUUACCUUUACCUGCUUCAAUGGUGGGAGCAAAAGAACCAACUACUUGACCAUCUAAUUGACGCUUGGAAGUAAGACUUGUCUCUUUGCUAACCGACUUUGUUUUGAACUUUCUGUGCUUUUUAGUUAAAGCAGGUGGCUCUUGAAGUUUGCUCUUUCUCUUUUUAGACAUUUUCACCUCUUUUUCAAGAGAAAAAUGACGGUCGUGUUCAACAAGACUCAACAUAUCGGCUUCAUGAUCAGGGAUUUGUUCCAUGUAAUCAUUCCUAGCGCUUUUUUUGCCAAAUAAGGCUUUAAACUUCACAAAAGCAUCUUCAUCACUUAAAUGCCUUUUCCCUUUCUUUCUUUUAUCGGGAACGACUUUGUUUUUUCUUGGAACAGGUUUUGGCUGAACUUUUGCAGGUUCAGUUUGCACAUUUUCCCAUUGCUUUGAAGAGAUGGGAACUCCGUCUUCAAUAAUAACUGCCAUACUUUAAUCUAAACUGAAAGCGAAAUUCUCAAACUUUCGAUUAACGCCACGGUGCAAAAAUAUUUUGAUACUUUCCAGUUCUUAGGUAGCUAAAAACCGUAAACUGCAAAUAGUUUAUCUCAAAUAUUGGCAUUGAUUAUACUGAAAUCACAUAAAACUCGAUUCCUCCCAACAUAUAAGAGUUUCCCAAAAAUGGGUUUUUUACUCUGUCGCUCCUGUGUAAAACCGGUAUAGGUAGCUUUUAGCAACAAUGUUACCUCAACAAGGACAUAACCUUUUGGUAUGCAAAUAAAUAAAUAAGCAGAGAUAAUAAUAAUUUUCGGUUAAAACGAGCUUUCUACCUUCUUUUAAAUUAGAUAUUCGGUAGAAU